AACAUUUUUUUCUCCCUUUAUCCCAGGCAAAAUGGACUACAGCCGGGCCCUGCGACAAGGGGUUAAAACACCACCAAUGCGGAGUAAAAUGGUCGAGUGGAAGAAAUGUAAAAUCUGUGCACCAUUAGCUCUGUGGGGCGCGUUGACUUCAGUCGUGCAACGCUGGAGUGGGAGCUCUGAUUGGGAGUGUGUGAAUAUUCAACAGCUCAUUUGCAUAUAUUAUCAUCCGCCGCGGCCGUCAUCUGCCCGCAGUCGGAGCUCCCAUUUGGUGUGUGGCGGCUCCCCCGGUGCCGGUUGCCUGCCCGCUGUCGCGCCCGCCUCAUGAGUCGCGUCGCCUGACCGCGUCCAUUGGUGCCAUCAGAUAAAGUUUUGUUCCCCCCCCCCCUCGCCUCCCUCUCUCCGGAGCUGUCGGUGUGGGUGAAGUUUCACCGCCCCUCUGCUCCCUUCCUUCCCCCCCCCCCCCCCCUCCAACCCACCCACCUCUCUGCGUCCCCCCUCCCCGUGCCCCGGCGGCUCGCUUGUGCGGUUGCGAGGAAGAGUCGCUGGGAAGGUCGGUGCGGGAGAGCCGAGGCUCGGGCGCAGGCCCAGGCCUGGUUACCAUGGCAGCCACCAAGGACGGAGUGGUGCAGGAGAAGUACAAGCUGGUGGUGGUGGGCGGCGGCGGCGUGGGCAAGAGCGCUCUCACCAUUCAGUUCAUCCAGUCUUACUUUGUUACGGAUUAUGACCCGACAAUUGAAGAUUCCUAUACCAAGCAGUGCGUUAUUGAUGACAGGGCAGCAAGAUUGGACAUUUUAGACACCGCAGGACAAGAAGAGUUUGGAGCCAUGCGAGAGCAGUACAUGAGGACGGGGGAGGGUUUUCUGCUGGUCUUCUCUGUAACUGAUAGAGGAAGUUUUGAAGAAAUUUAUAAGUUCCAAAGACAGAUCCUUCGAGUGAAAGAUCGUGAUGAAUUCCCUAUGAUCCUUGUGGGUAACAAAGCUGACUUGGAACAUCAAAGGCAGAUAACAACAGAGGAAGGGCUACAGCUUGCAAGGCAGUUGAAAGUAACAUACAUGGAGGCUUCAGCUAAAAUUCGCUUGAAUGUAGACCAGGCUUUUCAUGAACUAGUUCGAGUUAUAAGGAGAUUUCAAGAGCAAGAAUGCCCUCCUUCUCCUGAGCCAUCACGGAAUGAAAAAGACAGUAGUGGCUGCCACUGUGUUUUAAUUUGAGAUGCUGGUUUGUCUGCUCUCAACAGCUGCCAAACCACCUGCCCCCAUUUCUGCCUUCAAAAAAACAUUUGUGUCAAUCAAUAUUGCCUCUUUACUGCAUGCUUACUAUUUGGUCGCAGAUUGCCUUAGUCUAAUAAAAAGUCCGGCUGUGAUGUGCACUUGAUUGGGGUGGUGGGGAGGGAGAGCAUUUUGUCACCUCUUUGCCCCAAGGCAGGGAGGUGAAGUUUAAGGAAUAUAAACACUAAGGCUGCUAUGUAAAUGUCACAGUUCCCAUUUGUUUCAAGAAUGAUAUUUCUAUUAUUUGUUAGGAAAGAAAAUUCAGAAUGUAGACAAUUGAUUUGAGCUAAUUUGCCUUGAGGUGUUUUAAAAUCCAUGCUUACAUGUCUUGUCCACAGUGCCAUUUAACUUUUUAAUGCUAUGAUUAUGUGCUAAUCACCUAUUGUACAUAAGGAUCCUUGAUUUCCAAGAAAAAUAAGUAUCAAAAUGAUUAUAAGUGAAGGGCAACAAAGGAAGGGUGAAUUGGUCAUUUCUUUGCCCUAGAUAAAAUACACAGAAAUAAGCCUUAAAUAACACUUAUUGGUAAGAGUCUGAGUUUCAUAUAAUGCUGCAGUUUGUUCCAGUGGCCAAAAUCCAGUCAGUCUACUGUAUUAUUUUAAGCAGUCCAGAGAGAUCUUUGGGAAUCAAUGUGGCCAAACACCUGUGAUUUCACUGGGUAUGAACAUCAAUUUUUUUAAAAAACAAUUUCACAUCAUUGAGGAGUUCCAAGUCUUCUAUUUGUCUUCCUUUGAUGUGACUGUAUUUCGGGAUAAGGGAUUCAAAGUGCUAAAGUGUAGUUGUUUUUCCUCAUGUAAUAUAAAGAGAUGGAAUUGAUUCUUCCAUUGAUGAAGAUGAUUAAAUGUUUUGCUAUAUACUUUUAUACAUUAUUUUCUUAUCAAACUAGUUAACAAGUAUUUUUAUAUGUUUGUAAACAAAUAUGCUUUCACAGCAUAACUUGUGUAUAUGUAAAGAUGAGUAUUUAAUUCUCACAUUUCACUUUUAACUGACAAACUUAUAGGUAUGAUUUACAAAACUGUGGUAAUACUUUCCUAAUGUCCUUGUGGCAGCUGGGUGUACCUAGCUGUAUCAGGUCAUGUGCCUGCAAAGUGUACCCACACAGACUUUAGCAUGCUCAAUUUUACAGAAUGCUCUGACCAGGCAUUUCGGAAGGCGGAUCUGUUAGGUUAAAAGUCCGGAAUCUGAGGAAUUCCUGAUAAUUUUGGGUUUGACUGUGAAUGGUCUCUGAGUACAAGUUCAGCGGAUGAAUAACUUGGUUUGAGAUUUGAGCUGGAUUGCUGAAAAGAUGUACACAACAAUCCUGAUACUAUCUCCGCAUCAACUCCUUGAAGUUUGAUCUUACUACACCCUUGUUUAGCUUCUGGUGCUAGAAUAAAGGAUGAUUAAUUUAAUGGAAGACUUAUUUUUCUCUGUGCCUCCUUUGCCUUGACACUUUUUAAAAUUAAAUUUAUUAGUAAUCAUUGAUUGUUGACUGCAAAUGUCUC